GCCAGGGCUGGGCGGAGCGUGCUGGACACCCCAAAUCGAGCAGGCUGGGAGGAGGGAAGUGGCCAGUCCUGGGCCCCUGCUGGGGGCUGGAGAGAGAAGAGAGCGCGGUAGGUGCUGCCCGCCCAGCUCUUUGGGAGAGAAGAGCUUAUGUGACCGUGAGAGACGUGUCUGCUCAGCCGAGUGGCGGGCCCGGCCCCUGCCUCCGCUUGGAGAUCCGUUCUCCGGGCCCCCAAGGCUUAGGGGGGUCCAGUCCCCAGAUCCCAUAGAUGAGAAGACAAUGACUUCUCCAGAUCCUGGCCCCCAAACUGAGCUGCGGAGAUAGAGCCCUUACUAGGGCUGGUUUCUAAUGGUUUCUAGUGGGAAGAGCACUUGCCCACUGUGGACCGCUGGGCAGGUUGCUGGGCCUCUGGGAGUUGCAGUCACCCGGCUCUGGAUGGGGUGAGAAGGCAGAGUGGGUGGUGGGGAUAACCCGGGUUUGGAGCCUGAGCUGAGGGCUGGCCCUCCCACACUUGGCCUCAGCAAGAGGUGACUCAGGAACUUUUCCAAUCCUUCCUUCUUGCCUACCCUAGCCUUCUGAGAAGUCCAGACUUGCAAAGCCCAAGACUGACCCAUGAGGCAGGGCUGAGGCAGCAGGAGUCUGCUGGGCUUUUGAUCCAUAUUUCCAGAUAACCCUAACGUACCUCCUUUUCUUGCCCUCCGCCCAGGCUUUACCCUAGUACUUUGCUUCUCAUCUGGAAAAGACGCCACCACAGGAACUCUCCUUUCCCUCUCCAGGCCUCAGUUUCCCUUCUGGAAAGGGAGGUGCUAGCAGUCUCUCCUCCCUCCUGUUUUGGCUGACUGGUUGGGCCCAGAACCUGGAAACACUUUGAGACAGGUGCCAGAUACUAGACUGAAUGCUUCACUUGCGAUCACGAAAAAUGCUUUCUCCAGCUCUGUGUCGUCCCUGUUGAGGACCCAGAGAGUUGGGGAUGAAAAAAGAAGUGAUAAGUCUUCAGCCAAAGAGUCCUUUUUACCCCUGGCCGCCUAUGGUAGCCACCUGUCUGCCUUUCUCUUUCUCCUGAGGGGAGAGCACAGGUCCCAGGUUAAACAUGUUCCUACUGCUACACCAGUGAGAAAACCAAGGCUCAAAGAAAUGAAGAAAACUGCAAAGGCCCCACAGAUCGUGGCAGAUCUGGAACUGGAAUCCUGGUUGCCUACCCUAAGGCCAGUGUUAGUGAUCUUGUUAUCAGUUGGUCCUCUGUCCCCGCGGCUGGUCUGUUAGCCUACCCUCCACCUUCCCGUGAACACAGGGGCCCGGGCACCCCCCAGCCCACACAGGCCUCACCUGGCCUAGUAUGUAGAGAUUUAGGAACAGCUUUGUUGAACUUUGAAAUCCUGAAACACUAGAACUGGAUUAGCUAGACUAAACCCCUUAUUGUGAAACUGGAGAAAUUGAAGUGCAGAGAGGGGAGGGGACUGUCAGAAGAUGUGAAUAAUCAUCUGGAGCAGGGACUAAGACUUGAGCUGUUUGUCCUCUGGGGCCAUUCCCUUAAUCGUGCCCUGUUGCCCUGAAGGAGAUGAGGGGGGUCCUUCAGUGCUCUCUUGAGGGGCCUCCUUCCACUGUGGAGCCCAGGAGAGACACAAGCACCCAUGAGUGUGCAUCUGUCAGUGUCCUGGUGCCUGUGAUCUCUUGUCCUCACAGCAGCCUUUCUGAGGAAGGGAUUGAUAUCUCCAUUUCAGGUGAGGAAAUAAGCUAAGAAAGAGGAUGUCACUUUCCAAAGUCAACCAGUUUAUCAGGUGACUCCUGUUCCCUGGCAUUCCUUCAUCAUGAUGGCCAAUUCUGAUCAGUAGGGAGGGACUUCCCAGAGAUCCUGUGUAGAUUCCCCAGGCAGUGAUGUAGUGUUCAAUUAAUUGUGUUUGCGAUGGAGAUUUAUGUAUGCAAUGGGCAUAGCUCAAAUGAAAAGGCACCUGCGUCUUGGGGUCUCUUUUCUCUACAGUGUUCUUUUUCUCAGUCUACUCUUCACACCCAUUCUCUCUGAGCCUGACUAGACCAGCAUUGCUCCCCCAGAUCACAGCUGAAGUCCAGGGAGAUAUCGCGAGCUGCCUGGAUUUCACUGCCAGUUGGUGUCCAACCUUCCAGCUCUCUGAAGGCCUUUCCUCUACCACUAAGUUAAGGCUGUUGGUUUUUGUCAAGAGAAACUCAUGUCACUCAUCCUUCCCUGGUUCCAGCACCCUACUAGGAAACAGUGUCUGGGAGGUGCUGAACCUUUGAUACACGUUUGUUCAAGAAGGAAAAAGAGAGAUAGUGUUGGGGUGAGGCCCACCCAUUGACCCCCACCUUACUGCUCCUUGUCUCUGCAGGAAGGCAGGGCAGCCCACACUGCUCCCCACCCCUGCUAGGUGCCUUACUUCUACCACUUUGCCUCAUCUCCAUGGCAGUCCUGCGAAGUAGCUACUAAAAACUCCAUUUUACAGAUGAGAGGACUGAGGUUCAGAGACUGUGGCUAGCCAGACCAGAGAAACCAGACAUAGCCAGGAGGCCAUCCUGCUAGGAGACUUUGUCACUCGAUGUGUUUUCUAUAUUUCUUACUAAAAGAGAGGAAAUUAGGGGGGCAGGGGAUAAAGACAUAUUUAAGUCACACAAAGUUCUACCACUAGAGAAAAACCACGGUUGUGUUGGUUUUUCUGAGAUUUUUCUAAAAUUAGGAUUUGGGCAGGCUUUUUAUUUUUUAAUGCAUAGCUAUAAUUUUCUUAGACAUGUCAUUUUCUCUGAUAAGGUCACUUGGCAUUAUGACGUCGGCCCCUCCAUGAGGUUGCAAACUCUUCUGAACAUGGUUUUUGAUGCUGUAAGAUCCCUCGCAGAGCUCGACAGCCAUCUUGAGAGGGCCAGGAAGCCGGGUCCGGGAGUCAGGAAGCCAGAGCUUGAGCAUCACCCCAGCCAGCCCCGCCCUGGGGGCCGAGGACAAGUCACUACACAGUCUCUGGGCUGUAGCUUCCUCAGUGCUAAAGCCGGGGACUGCACACCCUGCUCUGCAGCCUGACACUCAGAGCAUCGAAUGAACAAAAGCCUUUUGUAACUAUAAGGCCUGUGCCUGCCACAGGACUUUUCUUAAGCUUCCCUCAGCUUCCUUCUGGAAAUGGUCUGCUCCCUGGACUCCUGAGCCCUUUUGCUGAGGGCCCUGGGGUAGUAGCCCAGCUUCUCUGGGGCUCUCACACAAUGGCCUUGGAGAGCAGUCCCCUUCCUGUUAGGAUGCCAAAAGGAGCAUUGCCUCAGGGACAUUGACUCUCAAAGACCAUUAGCCACACUCCCAUCCUUGCCCACUUCUGGGUCCAAAGUUGGGAGGUUGCUUCCACAUUUUUCCUCUUUCUUCCAACAGCCUGACAACACCCCUGAGCGGUCUCUGGGCUCUGCUGUCACUUCAGGAAACCCCUGGAGCCUCUGAAUAUGAAAUAGCUCCACAUCACCUCCUCACAGCCAGUCCCUGGCUGCUGGGACUUGACCCAAGGGCUCUGGGCAUUGAGCUGUGUUUUCCCAGCCACCUGUAGGAGUAUGUGUUCCCACUUAAGCCCGGAGUUCAGUUCCUGGCUCUGCCACCUUUCCUUCCGAGGCCUCAGUUUCCUCCACUUCAAUAUGGGCCUAAGACUGCCAUGGAGUGACUGAAUGAACAGGUGUCCAGCACCCGCACAGGGUGAGGACUGGCUAGGUGUCACCGUCAUCACUCUCCACUGCUAACAUCUAGGCCUGGCACGGAGCAGGGGCCUGGGCAGGUGUGCCCUGUGGAGGACUGCGCAAGGACUGUGUCCAGGGUGCCUUGGGGCAUCACAAGCAUGGAACCAGCCCCCACCAUGCCGUGGCCCCUGCUGCUGCCCCAGCUGCUGCUGCUCGCUGUGAGUGGGGCCCAGACGACCCGGCCAUGCUUUCCAGGAUGCCAGUGUGAGGUGGAGACCUUCGGCCUCUUCGACAGCUUCAGCCUGACGCGAGUGGAUUGCAGUGGGCUGGGCCCCCACAUUGUGCCUGUGCCCAUCCCCCUGGACACAGCCCACCUGGACCUCUCCUCCAACCGGCUGGAGACGGUGAAUGAGUCGGUGUUGGCUGGGCCAGGCUAUACCACGCUGGCUGGCCUGGAUCUCAGCCACAACCUGCUCACCAGCAUCUCACCCACGGCCUUCUCCCGCCUUCGCUACCUGGAGUCACUCGAUCUCAGCCACAAUGGCCUGGCAGCCCUGCCAGCCGACAGCUUCACCAGCUCACCCUUGAGUGAUGUGAACCUUAGCCACAACCGGCUCCAUGAGGUCUCCAUGUCUGCCUUCACUACCCACAGCCAGGGCAGGGCGCUGCACGUGGACCUCUCCCACAACCUCAUCCACCGCCUCCUGCGCCACCCUGGGCAGGCCAACCUGCCCACGCCCACCAUUCAGAGCCUGAACCUGGCCUGGAACCGGCUCCGCGCCGUGCCCAACCUUCGAGACUUACCCCUGCGCUACCUGAGCCUGGAUGGGAACCCGCUGACUGCCAUAGGCCCAGGUGCCUUUACAGGGCUGACUGGCCUCAUGCACCUGUCACUGGGCAGCCUGCAGGGUCACCCCCAGCUGGAACCCUAUGGCUUCCAUGAGCUGCAAGGCCUGCAGGUCUUGGACUUGUCAGGCAACCCCAAGCUCAAGUGGGCAGGUGCUGAGGUCUUUUCGGGCCUGGACUCCCUACAGGAGCUGGACCUGUCGGGCACUGGCAUGGUGCCUCUUCCUGAGAUGCUGCUCCCUCACCUCCCGGCGCUGCAGAGCAUCAGCAUGGGCCAGGGGGUGUGGUGCCGGCGCCUGGUGCGGGAGGGCACUUAUCCCCGGCAGCCUGGCUCCAGCCCCAAGGUGGCCCUGCACUGCAUAGACACCCAGGAAUCUGCUGCCAGAGGUCCCAACACCUUGUGACGAAUGGCAUGGCCUGGGGCCAUACAUUAGACUGCCUCCCUGGGUGUCCUUGGGUCCUGGAUAAUUUAUAUUUAAUGUGCCAAUGCCAAUUUGGACUCUGCUGGCCUAUGUGGUGGCAUCAUCACCAGAGCUGUGGACCAGAGCUGUGGACCUGGGAAGAGGCUUUAGACCUGGGACCCACACCCAGGAGCAAAGUUUUGCCACUUUGUCUAUGUUGCCCCCCCAAACCAUAAGCAGAGGGUCCUCGAUGCCAAACCAGAAAGAAGUCCCCUGCUGUCCUUCCCUACUUGUCCCCAAAGUGCCUUCCCUCAAGCCUGGGCCAACCUGCAGAAGGAGGCCCUGCAGGAGGUUCUGCUGCAGGGCAGAGGUCAGGUCCAUGGCCGAGUGUCCCAGUGGGCCCAUGGUCCAGUCACUCAGGGGCAUGAUUUCUGUUAAUGACAUAGCCUGCUCUUUGCUCUGGGCACAUGAGGCCUGCUUCAUCCUUGCCUCUUCCUGUAGAGCCCUAGGUAGACCUUUAGUUAUAGGAAAGACUGGAGAGAAAAAAGUCCGCCUCCUCAUGUGACAGAUGGGGAAACUGAGACCUAGAGAAGGAAAAGUGAUAAUCUGAGGUACUGCAGCUGUGACUAGACAGCAUCCUGCCACCCAGCUGGGGCCCUUGUGCUUUUCUGUCUUUUCCAAAUCAUGCCCUUCCUCUCCCCUUUCUGGGCUCCCCACAUUCUACUGUUUGUACCCUACAGCAGUGGGAGCAGGACAGGCAAGGGCCUAGGACAUGGCACUCUGGUCUGGGUGGCUUAAGUUGAGUUUACCAGCUGUCAGAGCCUCUGGAAGCUUCAGGCUUCGACUCUCAAUUUGGCCUGUUUCCCAUUCUGGGGUGGGAUCCUCUGGCAAAACUGGAAAUGCACCCAUGACCCCUGAGGUACUGCUUCUAGGUGCUCCCUUAAGGAGCCGAUGUGGUCCUGGAACCCCACUGGCACGAGUCCUGGUUUCGGCCCCCUUGGUCCCUGAGCCCAAGAGGGCCCGCAGCACAUCUCACCCGGCUGAGAAUACAGCGGAAGGAGGCAGGGCACCCCACAAACCAGGUUUGUGCUCUACCCUCACAGCUGCAUCUCCACUUUCCAGCCCUGAGCUCUUUCCUUAGUCUUCAUUUUGUAAAAGUUGUUGCCUUUUUAAUAGACUGUCACUUUCAACCAACACCCCUCCCCUGCUGGCAAGGGAUGGAAACAUGUCAUUUGUAAAUAAAGAAAAGGUUGCAUUUGUUCACUUUUGUCAUGCUGUGUCCUGGGAUGUGUGGGGCGAGGAGGUGCUGGGAGG